AUGCGUCCCUCCACUUUCGUUGCCGGCCUUGCUGCCGUUGCUGCUCCUGCUCUUGCCCAGAACAUGUCCAUCUGUGACAAGUACACCACUGCUCUCCUCAAGGAGAACACUGGUGCCAACCAGUUGACCCUGUUGACUCUCCUUGUCAACACUGUUGUCAUUGGUAACUACACUACACCCAACAUGAACGCCGUCCCCGGUAUUCUUGCCAAGGGUAACUACAUGGGCACCGAGGUCAACCUCCUCCCCUACUUCAACGGUGGUCUCGCCUCCUCCAACCGUGGUGGUGCCUCUGGUGUUGCCAUCAACUUCCUCGACGACGGUGGUGCCGCUCCUCUUAUGAAGAACCUGCCUUCCACCGGCACUUCAUCCAACCAGUACAAGCUGAUGACCCACUUGUACCAGUACUUCGGUGCUCUCCUUGGCUGCUCUGCCACUGGCUUCCCCAGCUACGCUGGCUUCGGCUCCCAAGCCGCUGUCCACAGAUUCAUGGACCUCUCUGCUGCAGAGGUCGGCUACUUCAUCCAGCAAGUUGCCCUCGCCGCCUCUUCGUUCGGCGUCUCCCAGGACGACAUUGCUGUUGUCGGCAAGGCCCUUAACACCAUCUUCAACGUCCGCUGCGCUCCCCCCACUGUUGUCAUCCCUGCUCAGGGUGCUCAGCUCCAGAGCAUCUGCCAGGACGAGACCUGCCUUCUCGCCCCCAUGGCCACCUGCGCCGCCUACCCUGCCACCAUGAAGCCCGCCAAGGCCAACGACACCAUGGCCGCCGGUGGUGCCGCCAACUCCACCAAGACUGGUGCUCCCGCUGCCACUUCUUCCAAGCCUGCUGCCUUCUCUGGUGCCGCCGUCAAGAUCGGUGCCGGUGCCGCUGGUCUCUUGGCCGCCGCCGUCCUCGCUCUGUAA